AUGCUACGGAUUCUAUGAAACGAUCAAGGGAUAGUGUUUCAUUUCUUAAAGAGUACAGUCCGAAUGAUGUGCUGGUAGUGAACUUCCGUCCUGAAUCUGAGGUUCCUUGGGGAAUAUCAGGAGAGUCGAUGAGUGCAUUGAUUGAACAACUCAAAGGCAACUCGUCCAUCAGCUUUAUUGUGACGGUAGAAAUUUCUCGGCCGUAUGAUACGCAGAAGAAGGAAGCAGUGAAGCAUUCAGCGGUUUGGUCACAAGACAUAGCACCAAAUACAACGUUACGAUCGCAGUGGAUUAGUAUGCUUGAAAAUCCUGGAGUUGGUGAAACGGUUUUGAUGUCAGAAGCGUUCCCCAGCUAUCUAUUAGUCCCUAGCGAAGGUGCCGUAAUUCUACCGACGCCUAUAGUGGCAGCUAUACAACUGAAUCAGGACAACUACCAAAGACCAGACAAUGCUACUGACAGAGAUUGGUUUGAUACACUGAAGCUAUCACUUGUCAACUCAUCAGCAGGAAAUGUGUGGGUUGUUGAAGCACAACAUCCUACGCAAUUCACUAGCGUGUACUUCAAUGCGUCCAAAAUUACGUAUGGAACACAUCGCGAUCGCACCUAUGUGCAGACCAUCGCAUUUGUCGACAAAGCUUUCCCGUCAUUCUUCGCGAAAUAUCUUCAAGGAGGUGUGAUAGCAAUGUACAUCUCCUUGGUCAUCGUAGUCGGCCGGGUGAUUCGUGGAGUGUUCAUGACAUCGCCAACAAGUGUAAUGAUCAAU